CAACAGCAUUAUGUGUUAAAGUAUGUACUUGGAGGAAAUCUUCAUGUACCGGUGCCCUCCGAUCACUUUACCCUCUUGGAUUCGGCUUGCGGCGUCGGCAUAUGGACUUUAGACAUGGCGCAAGCAUUCCCUCAUGCCACCAUUAUCGGUUUAGACACUUUCCCCUAUACCUCUGCAGACGAUACCAGCAGCCAUCUCCAGACCGCCACCAUUCACACAGCCGCCCUCAAUGCUCCCAACAUUGUUUACAAGAAUGGCGAUUUAUUCUCUCGCCUUUCCUUACCUGCCAAUUAUCUGGACAUCAUCUUUCAAAGAGAUACCACGGCUAUCAUCCCACAAGAACGCUGGACGUUUCUACUUUAUGAAUAUUUUAGAAUACUGAAACCAGGAGGGUCCAUUGAAUUGGUAGAAUAUGAUUUCGAUAUACGUGAUCCAGGUCCGGUUUUAGCUUUGGUCAACGAAUGGUACCAAAUUGCAGCUUCAUCGGUGGGCGUGGAUCCCAAUCAAGCUAAAAAAUUAAAAGAUGAGCUCAUCUCUGCAGGUUUUGACAAUGUCCAAGCCCAAGUCGUCUCCAUUCCCAUCGGUGAAUGGUCAGAAGAUAAAGAGGAGCGUGAAAAAGGAUUCUUGUAUAAACAAGUCAUCAGAGCACUCUUCAAAUCGAUGCGGCCUUGGUGGAUUCUGGAAUUGGGCGUUUCUGAAGAAGAAUACGAUAGGAUCAUCAACGCCGCUAUGAUUGAGUUCGAAGAGCAAUGCUGCUAUAUCGAUUGGAUCAUUUAUACAGCAAAUAAACCCAUCGACAUCCAUCCUGCCGAGACACAGAAUAAAAACGAUCAUGAAGAAGACGAGCCCAACAGUAGUCACCCUACUGUCGAUCCGUUGAGCUUUCAGUAA